CACUCUAUGGCCACGCCCACUGGCUGAUGGCUACGUCACCGAGCCUGUCUUUUUAUAAAAACCGCGAGCCUAGCCGCACAGCUACAAGAAGCACCGUUCACAUCCGUUCCAGACCUUGGAGGGUUACAUUUACCCAAAACUUAUUUUCAAAUGGGCCCCGUCGCCUAGCGGUUCCCCCCCCCCAGCCUCGCCGACUGAGUUGAAUUGGGUGCUACUGAUCAUCAGCACGUCUGGGUCCCUAACAAGGUUUCCAUCAAGCACAGCGUACAGCGACCAACUACAGUAGAAUGGCAGCUAUUCCAGCAGGCGGUUCCCUGGUGGCGACCACUGAUUACUACCGAAGGCGCAUCGGCUCUACGUCCAGCAGCAGCUCUUGUGGCAGUUCGGAGUACAGUGGAGAGGUCAUCCCUCACCAUCCAGGACUCCCCAAGCAGGACUCUGGUCAUUGGUGGUCCAGUUUCUUCUUUGGGAAGCAGCCAGGGAUGACCCCACUGACUGAGGAGGCACAGCAGAAGGCGGGGGUCCAAGGCACACUGACGAAUGGUCAGAUCACCUGCGUUGCCAAGGAGAUGGUGAUGCAACGCCAGGUGAGUGAGAGCAGCGAGGCAGGAAGCCCCACCUCCUCCUGAUCCUGCAGGCUCACUCUGACCCACGCCACACCUUGGAGGGGGGGAAUCAAACCAGCGACCAACGCUAGGUGACGGGAAGUUGUCCCGUCUACAACCUUUUUAUUUUAUUUUUAUAUUAUCAUUCAUUGUAGUUAUAGGCUGCCUUACUUGUUUUUUUGUUCCUGCAACAUUGUUUUUUAUUGAGAAAAAAAACAAGAAUAAAAAAAAAAAAACUGAUGACCUCCAUGUGUUUUUUUUAAACAUUUGUACUGUGUUUGUAAUACUGUAUUGCAUUGACCCAUCCACAUGCCUUUGUUAGACAUUUUUCACGUUUGUCCCCCUGUGAUUGCAAAUGCAAUAAAGUAGACUCCUGCAGCCU